AUGGGCCCCAAAUCUGAUUUCAAGUUCAUCACCGUCGAUGCCACUGAAGGGAGUUUCCAAACUGCGAGCAAAUCCACCAGAAGUCAUGCUAUCCGAACUGCCAUCCAGAGGGGCCGUUCGGAGCUGGGAUCCUCGACGGCCUCAAUUUCACAAGACACCAUCAGGCAGAAGGCCCAGUUGAAGGGACGAUUCAGGUUGGCGGGAACAACGCUCAAGUCAACCAAACCCAAGAGUCCAAAGCAUCUGCAAGAACAAGAAAAAGAACAAGAACAAGAAGAUGUGCAGUCAACUCGCUGUUCCCAUAGCGCUCUCAUCAUGCGCGUUACGCUGGCCUUGGCAGCAGAGUUUCUGACCGCCACCAUGCCUCUCCUUGACUUCAAGCUCCAGCGCGAAGGGUACCAGCAAAAGGGGGAGGCGAUGCGGAUGAUCAGAGAUCGUCUAGCUUCUCAAGAAUCUGCCCGUAGUGCAAGCAAUGACCUCUCUGUUCUUGCUGGCGUGGCCAUGCUGGGAAGCGUUGAAGCUUUUCAAGGUCACUUUUCGGCGGCAAACGUCCACUUGACGGGGCUCCACGCCAUGAUAGAAGCUCGAGGGGGACCGGAGACGAUCAAACACGACUACAUCCUCUGCCGCUGCAUUAAUUGGAUCGACAUCCAAGUGGCCUCGGGUCUCGGAAGAGUGCCAAAGUUCCCCAUGUUCCACACUCUCGCGCAGGUAUCUCUCCCGCCGUCGGUCGUGAAUCGCGCAAGGGCGCCUUCCCUGCGACACCUGGAGAAGCUCGGCGGCCACAACCCCGACGAGAGCGACGAGCCGCUCAGGAUCUUUGUGGCGCUGAGGCAGGCGAUCCUCUCGCAGGCAGGCGGUGCCGUGUCCGUGGCCGCAGACGACAUCAGGAUCGUCAUGAACACGGCUGAUAGCACAAUUCUGCACUUUUUAUACGUGGAGCGCCGGACAGCGACGCCAGUACAGAAACGGUUCCUAGUUCUCGUCUCUGCGGCUCAUGUAUUUCUUUAUACCGUUUUGCGAGAGAUCCCGACGACGGGGCACAUGGUUCGGGUCCUCGUCAGGAGGAUGCGCGACGCCCUCGAUGACGCGGAUUCCAUUGCACUCAUCUGGGUGUCUCACGAUGCCGCCUUGCUGUGGGUUCUCUUUGUGGGCAUCGUCGGGUCCGGAACAACCGAGGACCGUGAGUGGUUCUCGUCGAGACUAAAUAGCUUACUGGAACGAGCCAGGGGUAUUUUGCCGCCGGAACGAUGCAGGCGCGAGAACCUGCAGCAACUCCUUUCCGGGUUCCUCUGGCGGGAUAAGCAUUGCUUACCAGUCUUGGAUGAAGUGUGGGCAACGUGGGAGCGCGGCCAAGGCGGUACUGGUGGUGGUGGUGGUUUGCUGCUUGCGGGCUCCCCGUGCGUGGCCGGAGCGUUCACCGCGCGAAGGAUGCAUGGUUCGGGGACUCCAGCUUGCGAUAUCGUCCUCUUCUCGGAGUGGUCAGCGGCUGGGAUGGUCCGGUUUGCAGCAAUCUCGGCCGUUGAUGCGUUCGUCCGGCUGAAACCGAAAGGGACCAUGGACUGGGAACAUCAUGACAACAUGGCAGCAUGGCAAAGAGAGAAUGGCACGACUCAGGUUUGGAGGAAUGUCAUCUCCAGGAACGACCAGACCGGUUCAGAACAGAGUGCGACGAUAAUUUCGAGGACGACCGCCACACCAACAGCGCGCGCCCUUUAA